CAUCCCGGUGGGAUAUCCUUCUUAAUUAAACUUGAUACUAAAGGAGAAGGUGAACAGUUAAAGCCUUGUGCAGUCAGCUACAAUGUGGCAUGAACACUUAUGGAAGAUGCUCUUGUCCGUUGUUGUUAGCUUCCGGAUGGUGGCUGCAACUGAUAUCUAUGUUGAUAGACAAUAUGGCAUAUCUAACACCAGUUGUUGUUCCAGUAGCUCAGGGAGUGCUGCAAUUCCUAGCAAAACCCUCACUCUUGCUCUGGAGUGUGUCCAGAACAUCUCCCUGACAACACCAGUGUCUCUGAUUGUCAGUGAAGGGGAGUACACCUUGACCAAUGACUCACGGCUGACUGUGAUAGAAGAGAGAACUGGAGGUUUCACUAUCACUGGGAAUUGCUACACUGCUGGACCCUGUGUGAAGAUUGACUGUGAGAAAGGUGCUGGGCUCUCCUUUAUC